UCAGCCCACUGUCAUCUGAAAGACUUCACGCAGAAACCUCCAGCUCUCUAGGGUUUGCCGGCGGCAGCUGCAGCAGCAGAAGCCUCCAUCUCUCCACUCAAAAGCAUUCUAUCUUUCCUUCACCAAACGCUGAGUUUCAGUCGAUUGUUGAGUUCAAGUUACUAGCCUGAAAAAACCUAAAGCUAUAUUCCCAAUGGAGGGUGCUGCUGAAGAAGCUGCCAAAGCAAUCUUGGAUUUAUCCGUGGAUGGUUCUUCAUCUGAAACCACAAGCAAAAAUGCUCGGAAGAAGGAGUUGAAGAUGAAGCAGAGGGAGGAGGAAAAGAAGCGCAAAGAGGAGGAAAAAGCAAAGCAGGCUGCUGCAGUCUCAAGCUCGAAGGUUCAGAAACCCAUGGCUGCUGAUGAUGAAGAUAUGGAUCCAACUCAAUACUUUGAAAAUAGGGUGAAAUAUCUUGCAGCUCAAAAGGCUGCUGGGAAAAAUCCAUAUCCUCACAAAUUCUUUGUUACACUAUCUAUCCUUGAAUACAUAAAGAAAUAUGGAGCCUUAAGCAAUGGGGAUCACCUUGAGGAUGUCACAGUAUCAUUGGCUGGGCGAAUAAUGAGCAAACGGUCGUCCUCUUCAAAGCUAUUUUUUUAUGAUUUGCAUGGUGAUGGUGCUAAAGUUCAAGUUAUGGCUGAUGCAAGGAGCUCAGAUAUGGAUGAGGCUGAAUUUUCUAGGUUCCAUUCUGGUGUGAAGCGGGGUGAUAUUGUUGGUGUCACUGGCUUUCCAGGAAAAACCAAAAGGGGGGAGCUAAGUAUUUUUCCAAAAUCUUUCAUCGUGUUAUCUCAUUGUCUCCAUAUGAUGCCAAGACAGAAAGCUGGUCCUGGUUCUGAUAAUGCCAAUGUGAAGAAAACUGAUGUAUGGGUCCCAGGAAGUACCAGGAAUCCUGAAACAUAUAUUUUGAAAGAUCAGGAAACUCGAUAUCGUCAACGUUACCUGGAUUUGAUGUUGAAUAUGGAGGUUCGACAAAUAUUCAAGACCCGAGCUAAGAUUAUUUCAUACAUUAGAAGCUUUCUUGACAAUCUUGAUUUCUUGGAGGUUGAAACUCCAAUGAUGAACAUGAUUGCUGGAGGAGCAGCGGCUCGUCCAUUUGUGACUCAUCACAAUGACCUAAACAUGAAGUUAUAUAUGCGUAUCGCUCCUGAACUCUAUCUUAAGGAGCUAGUUGUUGGUGGAUUAGACCGUGUUUAUGAAAUCGGAAAACAAUUUAGGAAUGAGGGAAUUGAUUUGACCCAUAAUCCUGAAUUCACUACAUGUGAGUUUUAUAUGGCCUUUGCAGACUACAAUGACGUGAUGGAGCUCACUGAGCAAAUGUUGAGUGGCAUGGUCAAGGAACUUACAGGUGGCUACAAAAUUAAAUAUCAUGCAAAUGGCUUGGAUAAGGACCCAAUUGAGAUUGACUUUACUCCACCUUUCAGAAGGAUUGACAUGAUAGAGGAUUUAGAGAAGAUGGCAGACCUCAGCAUACCCAAGGAUCUCUCAAGCGAUGAAGCAAACAAAUAUUUGGUGGAUGCAUGCUUGAAAUUUGAUAUCAAAUGCCCCCCUCCUCAAACAACUGCUCGUUUGUUGGACAAACUUGUGGGGCAUUUUCUUGAGGAGACAUGUGUAAAUCCUACUUUCAUCACUAACCAUCCUGAAAUAAUGAGUCCUUUGGCAAAGUGGCACAGAUCGAAACAAAGCUUGACUGAACGUUUUGAAUUGUUUGUCAACAAGCAUGAACUUUGCAAUGCUUACACUGAAUUGAAUGAUCCUGUGGUCCAACGUCAGCGAUUUGCCGAACAACUCAAGGACCGACAAUCAGGUGAUGAUGAAGCAAUGGCUUUGGAUGAAACAUUUUGUAUGGCUCUUGAGUAUGGAUUACCACCCACUGGUGGCUGGGGAUUGGGAAUUGAUCGACUUACAAUGAUGUUAACAGAUUCACAAAAUAUUAAGGAAGUUCUUCUCUUUCCAGCCAUGAAACCUCAAGAUGAGCCUUCUUCUGUCCAGCCUCCUGCUGAACCUUCUACCCAAGCUGUCUAGGGGUUGGAAGACUGAAAUCUUGAAUGGAUAUUACAUCGGUGCACGUUUUUGGGCUUGCUGUCAAGUUUUGAUCAUUAAUUUAUCUUUACCAUCACAACUCAUCUUUUCUUCCUUUUUUUGUGGGGUUUGUGAUUCAACCCUUCUUACCAUACCAUGCUUUUUAUUAUUUAUAGCUAGAUGUUUCACUUGUUUGCAAAAUGCAAGCGACACUUGCUACUUCAACUCAGGAUUUGAGCUCUUAGAACACUGUUAAUUAUAAAUUGAGUUUAGAGCAGCAGUGUAAUCU